AUUUAAUCUGUCAAUAAAUGUCAUUUUUCUUUACAGAAUUCAAUGACUAUGCCAACCCGAUGGUUUGUGCCUUCUUUGUCGCCCUGACACCCAUCUGGGUACUUAUCGCCCGGCGGACACCUUCCACCCGGGAAGUGCUCUACUCAGGGUGGGAGCCAGUCAUUAUCGCCAUGGCGAUCAGCAGUGUUGGAGGCCUUAUUCUGGAUAAGACCGUAUCUAACCCUAACUUUGCUGGAAUGGUUGUGAUCCUGCUGUACCUUGCAGACUGGAUGGUUAACUGGAUGUGGCAUCGAGGGAUGGAUCCUGACAACUUCUCCAUUCCCUACUUGACUGCCCUGGGAGACCUGCUGGGGACGGGCUUCCUGGCUCUGUGUUUCCACGUCCUGUGGCUAAUUGGAGAUCGGGACACAGAUGUGGGUGAUUGAUCCACGCUGCUUCCUUUGACUCUAUCCAAGCAACACAAAUGUCUUUAUUUAUAAUGCCACAUAGAGAAAGAAUAUCUAUAUUGUUAUGGCUGCGUUGGCUACCAUGAUUAUAUUGAUGACAUUAUUGCUUUAGUAUUGAUAUGUAAUUUCAUUGUUGUUUAGCUACUGGGAGAACAACUAUCCUCAUUAUUUUUCAAUGGGGAUGUUCGGCCCGGUUUUACGGCCAGUCGCAUUGGCUGCAUGUAAAGAUGACAUCAACCUAAACUUGAAAUAUUUCACGAGAGGCAAACGAACAUAGAAUGCUACAUCAGCAAGUGCUACAAAAUAGUGAUAUAAAAUUAUAUGUUUUGAGGGCGGCACUCACAGCCUUUGCCAACUAAAAACAAAAACCAUAUUUGGACCAUCACAGAGUGACCUAAAUAACAUUUCAGGCUAAAGAUUAAAAGAGUCACUUGGGUCUUAAUGGUAGAGAUUGAAUCUCAAAGGGGACCUUUUGAUGAUAAAGCGUGCAUGUACAGUAGAGUACUGUAAAAUACAUAGAGAUCGCCCAAUUUAACACACAAUGCUAUGUUUUCGGGAUCUAAAUUUGCUUUAGUAGCUGUGCUUAUGGUUACAGAGAGGGAUAGUAACCCAAAGUGCUUUACUGUUUCAUUGAAAUACUCAAGUUGUGCAAUGCGAUGAAAAGGGUUCAUGGGUUGUUUACGCUCGACACCUAAAGGAUAAAAUAUCAGACUUUGCCUCAUUUGCGUAGGUACAUUUCUGUUACGUACAGAAACGUUUCACCCAGUUAAAGGCCUGUAAUAUUGCUGUAGUCCACAUCUGUUAAUCUCCAAAAUCUCUUGAAUGGACUCAAAAUACUGGGGCAGAUAAUGUAUUUGUUGUGAUGGUCAACAAAGUGGUUAUUUUAAAAGGGCUGUGAGUUCGAAAAUUGGCAGUCAGGACCCUUUUUAUUAAACCAGAAAUCAUAUUUGACAAUGCACUCUUAAAGGCUUUCCAAAUCCCAAUGAAUAUA